AUGACGGGAAAGACUACUCUCCGUCUCAUAUAUAUCCACGGAUUUCAAGGCGAUCAUACUUCAUUUCAGUCUUUCCCCACCGAUCUACAUGAACGUCUUCGAACACGGUUACCAUCCGGCUUUGUCCUCGAAAGCUGCUUGUAUCCAACUUACAAGAGCCGGAGGCCAAUAUCAGAAGCAGCAGAGAAUUUCGUCAGCUGGCUAAGUACACAACCCCCCGGACCUGUAAUACUCCUGGCGCAUUCACUGGGUGGUUUAUUAGCGGCAGAAGUGGCGACAGGAAGUUCUUCGCAGUCUGCUCGGGUCGUUGGUCUGGUUGCAUUCGAUGUACCGUUUCUUGGCAUGCAUCCUCACGUCAUUAUCAGUGGCAUUGCGUCGCUCUUGCCGAAGAGCAAGGGAGCUAGUGUGAGAAGUGAAUCGGAGCUUAACGACGGGAAUGUCAUUAAGCGAGUCCACCUUGAUGAUGUGGAGAAUGCGGCAGCAGGAGGAAAUUCUCUCAGUGACUCAAGCCCGCUCGACAACUCAUCCCAUUCGUCGCGUGCGCAGCUAACACAUUCGAGUUCGUCUCUCAGCACGACCCAAAUAGAUGGAGACUGGGAAGCAAUGAAAUCAACACUCAAAUCUCCGAUCAGUCGAUCACAGGAUGAUCUAUCCACGCACUCCCCUACACCAAGCCCACAGUCCCCCGCUAAAUCCUUCGUCUCUUCAUUCGCAUCCACCUCAAGUUCAUACAUCUCCUCACGAAUUCCCCCUCUCUCUUCGUCCCUCACAGUCAAGUUGGAGCGAGCGACGAAUCGCCUUGUACAACAUGCUGACUCUCCGUUCCUGCGAUGGCUCCGCAAACACGCGGAUGAUCCACUUAACGCCAUGUCGAAGUGGAUUAUCGAGCAUUUUGAAUUCGGAGUUUGUAUGUUUGACCCUCCGGGUCUUCGUGAACGAUAUAUGGCAUUGGAGCGCUGGAAGGGAAAUUGGGUUAACUUUUGGACGGAGGUUCCAUCGCGUGGGAUAGAUAAGGAGAGCGAUGCUGAUCAAGAAAAUCCUGAUGACAGUGGAGGGGAAGCUAACACAUUCUCUGGUGCACUUCCGAACAACACAGCCGAUUUCGCGCUCAUAGCAAACGCAGGCGAGAAAGCCUCCGACCACGCCUCUGCAAAACAGCGAAAAGCAGCGGGAAAGGCUUUACGAAAAGAACGAGCCAAGGAACAAGAUCAAAGUAAAGGCAAAGCAUCGACCGCACGACCUGCUCGACACUUCAUCGUUCUCCCUCAUCGUCGAGAUGCUUGCAGUGAUACAUUCCGCUUUGGUUCGAGGGAACAAUGGGAGCGUGUACCGAUCUGCGCUGUUGAUGAUGAGGUUGGAGCACAUUGUGGGUUGUUUAUUCGGAUGCAGAAUCCGGAGUAUGAGAAACUUGUUGAACGAGUGCGUAGUGCCAUAUGCUAUACCACUUUUGGUACGAAGUUUGCGAUAGAAUUUAUGGAGGUUGUACGAGGUCUAGCGGACGAAAAUGAGGUGAUCAAAGACUUAAUGGCGAAUCGCUAUCGCACGAUGUAUGAUGUAGCCUAG